AUGGAAGAGAAGAGAAAGAAGAGAAUGGAAGAGAUGCAUGGGAACUUAAAGCUGAAGAAGGUGCUGGUGGAAAAUCAGCAGCUGAAAAACACCGUCAUCUUGCUGAAGCAGCAAAACAAAGGGAAAGAUAACAACUCAGAAGACUGCAAGAGGUCGAAAGAAAAACUCCUGACCGAAAUCGGGUCUCUCUUGACCGAAAUUGCUUUCCUGAAGGAAGUGCGGGAGCAGCUGCGGUACCAGGACCCGGAGGCCCGGAGAGAGGCCACCAAGGCGUUGACGGAGAGCAUCCAAGCCAAGCUGGAGGUGGCCCAGGCCAAGAUCGAGGCGGCCGAGGCCAAGAAGGAGACCUUGGAGGCCCACCGGAAGGCGGCCGAGGCCAAGGAGACGGCCGAAGCAGCCCAAGCCCGGGAGGAGAGCCUCCUCUCCUACAUCUCCCGCAUCGCCAGCCUGGCUUACCAGCAGGCGGCUGAGGCUGAGCAUGACUGUGCCCGAGCACGCCAGGCUAUGGCGACUGCGGAGGCCGUCCAGGCGGCUGCCCUCUCCGACGGCAAGCUUCGUCGGGGUCAUAAGCAUCACCACCACCACCGCAGCAGCGGCCACUGGAGCCACGGAGAGUGCCGGUGCCACCACAACCACCACCAUCACCACCACCCUCCUCCGAGCCACCAAGAGAUACCGAGGGGCCGCUGCGAAUCCCAAAGCGAGGUGCUCCACUCCGAACCGGAGACCCUGAGCAGCAGCCGAUGAGGGCGGGAUGGAGCCCAAGAGGAGCAGGAUCACUGGCCGGUGGCAAUGCCGCUGUUUUGGAAGCAUGGCACAGGAUUAAA